GCAACGCUUGGUGGGUGUGGACCAGCGUGCGUGUGUGCGUCUGCGAGUAAGAACCGGAGAGUGAGCAUGUGCACGCGUCAAUGUGUGUGUGAGGAAUCCCUCCCCCAGCCCCCAACCAGCCGGUGCCUGCAACAUGAGGUCAGCGAGCUAGCGGGGAAGAGCGGAGAGAGCGAGGAGGAGAGGAAGAGGGAGAAUGUACAGAGAGAAGAUCUGAGGAAGAGGAAUAUGCAGAGCAGAGGAAGAGAAGCCCAUCGAUGGCAGCCAUGCUGAGUCCAAAGAUCAGACAGACCAGGAGAGCCAGGUCCAAGAGCAUGGUGAUGGGAGAGGCAUCACGUGGCUCAUGUCGGCCCACCUCCCCAAGUCUCCAAGAGGGGGUGCUAAAGGCUGGCUGGCUGAAGAAGCAGAGGAGCAUCAUGAAGAACUGGCAGCUGCGCUGGUUCGUGCUUCGUGCUGACCAUCUCUACUUCUAUAAGGAUGAGGAGGAAACUAAACCACAGGGCUGCAUCUCACUGAAGGGCAGCCAAGUGAAUGAGCUGACAGCCAACCCAGAAGAACCUGGACGACACCUUUUUGAGAUUAUGCCAGCUGGUGAGAAAGACAAGGCUGCCAUGAGCCAUGAGUCUUUUCUGCUCAUGGCCAACUCCCAGAGUGACAUGGACGACUGGGUGAAGGCCAUCAGACGGGUCAUAUGGGCUCCAUUUGGAGGAGGCAUAUUUGGUCAGCGUUUGGAGGACACCGUACAGUAUGAAAGGAAGUUUGGUCCUCGUCUCGCCCCUCUCUUGGUUGAGCAGUGUGUGGAUUUCAUUAGGGAACAGGGGCUUGAUGAAGAAGGACUGUUCCGGAUGCCAGGACAAGCCAACCUCGUCAAGGACCUUCAGGAGGCCUUUGACUGUGGAGACAAACCUCAGUUUGACAGUAACACUGAUGUCCACACUGUGGCUUCCCUGCUGAAGCUGUAUCUCAGGGAGCUGCCCGAGCCCGUCGUUCCCUUCUGCAAGUAUGAGGAUUUCCUCACUUGUGCUCAGCUCCUGGCCAAAGAUGAGGAGGAGGGAAUACAAGAAUUAGGGAAGCUAGUGACAACGCUUCCAGCUGCCAAUUACAACCUUCUGAAAUAUAUAUGCAAAUUUCUGGAUGAGGUGCAGUCUCACUCAAAUGAAAACAAAAUGGGUGUGCAGAACUUGGCCACCGUGUUUGGACCUAAUAUCCUUCGUCCUAAAAUGGAGGAUCCAGUAACUAUUAUGGAAGGAACCUCCCUUGUUCAGCAUCUCAUGACGUUACUGAUUAGCAAGCAUGAUCGCCUGUAUACUGAAAAAGACUCUGAAACAAUACAGAACCAGAUGGAGGUAAAGGACCAAAGCCAGCCACAUCAGCAGUCCACCCUGGUUGACUGGAUCUCUGAGGAGGAUCUCCAAACCUGCCCACCCACAGCCAAGAAUGACCCGACCAGUAGCAGUGCCUCACCUGUGGAUGCCGUUUGCACCUCGAAGUCUGUGCCUCAGGGAAAGGGAGAGACGGCCGUCAGCCCCAGUAAACAGGUUAAGACUCUUCCAGGGUGGAAGUACACCUUUAAAGGCUCCUCUCCCCGGCCACAGUCCGCCAAAGUCUCCGCGGUGGACGUGACCACGGGCUCCAGCGGGAACUGGCUCAUGAACGGGCUUUCCUCGCUCCGGGGACACCGACGCACCUCAUCCGGAGAACGAUCCGGAGAACGCUCCCGAGAUUCAGGCUCCUCUCAGAGACUGUCUACCUAUGAUAACGUCACGUCUUCUUCAAGUCUGGGCAGCGUGUUGAGUAUGGACAGCACGCCUUGGUCCACCUCAUCAUGUGAGAUCUCGGUCCCGGACUCCGGAGGCGAGCCGUUAGGGGCCGAAGACGGGCCGAGCGCUCAGGAGGAACGAGCCGAGGAGGAAGAGAAGCCCAACGAACACGAGGACAUCGGCGGCACUGAGGAGAACUGCGCGAGCGAUAGUGGGAACGUGGCACCGCUCAUUCGAGUUGUGGAUGAAGAUGCAGAAGAAACCCCCUCAUCUCUGGUCAGCGUCGUGGCAGAGCUGAAAGAAGAGCUGAGGAAGCAGAAACAGACUUACGAAUCUAGAAUUAAAAAGCUGGAAGACUCAAGUGCAGCCCUGUGUGCGCAGAUGGAGAGACUUGAGCAAGAGAUGGAGCAGGAGAGAAAAAGAAAACGAAUGCUUGAGAUCAAACUGAGAAACUCUGAACGAGCCCGUGAGGACGCGGAAAACCGCAAUCGCCUCCUCGAGAAAGAGAUGGAAGACUUCUUCUCCACGCUGGGGGAUCUGGCUCUUGGAAGCCGCACCAGUGACAUUUAAUGCAAAAAAUAAACACAAGGACCACGCAAGAUGAUGUUGUCUCAGGCAUCUCCAUAAAUU